AUGAAUCAUCUCGCUGCAAAAUAUUUUAUGGAGGAAGAUACUGAUAAUUCAUACUUUACAGGUUGGGUCGACACCGUCAAGACCUCACACUCAAACGAACUGCCUCCCCAAUCCGCCGACUGGUUCUACGUCAGAGCUGCCUCAGUUGCCCGACAUGUCUACCUAAGAAAGUCCGUUGGUGUUGGCCGUCUCCGAAAAGUCCACGGCAGCACGAAGAAUCGCGGUUCUCGCCCCUCACACCACGUCAACGCAUCUGGCGCUGUCGACCGCAAAGUGAUGCAAGCUCUCGAGGAGUUGGGCAUUUUGGAGAAGAUUGACGAUGACGAAGAAGGUGGCAGCGGAAAGGGCGGACGAAGAAUAACACAAGCCGGUGCACGAGAUCUGGAUCGCAUUGCCCAGACUGCUGUGGAAGGCGAUGAGGAGGAAGAGGACUAA